GAAGAACAACAACAAAGAAAAUGGCGCCUGGCGGAAGUGGAUUCUCUCCUCCCGGAAGUAGUUCCCGUCGAUGCCGGAAAAGAAGGCCCUGACGAACGGCGAGGGUCCAAGAUGGCGGAGGUGGAGGAAGUCACUGAGGGCUGCCGCCUGCCCGUGCUGCGCCGGAACCAGGACAACGAGGACGAGUGGCCGCUGGCCGAAAUCCUCAGCGUCAAGGACAUCAGUGGCCGGAAGCUUUUCUACGUUCACUAUAUUGACUUUAACAAGCGCCUGGACGAAUGGGUGACCCACGACCGGCUGGACCUGAAGAAGAUCCAGUUCCCCAAGAAGGAGGCCAAGACACCCACCAAGAACGGGUUGCCCGGCUCGCGGCCCAGCUCUCCGGAACGGGACGUGAGGAAGACCUUGGAUCUGUCUCUGCAGCCCGCCGCAGCUCCAUCCAGUGGUAAAACCCUGCCCAUCCCGGUGCAGAUAACCCUCCGCUUUAACCUGCCUAAAGAGAGAGAGGCCAUCCCCGGCUCGCCCGACCAACCCCUCUCCUCCAGCUCCUGCGUCCAGCCAAACCAUCGCUCCACGAAGCGGAAGGUGGAGGUAGUGUCUCCUGCGACCCCCAUCCCUGCACCAACAGAGACGACCCAGGCAUCUGUGUUCCCCCAGAAUGGCUCUGCGCGGCGUGCGGUGGCCACCCAGCCGGGCCGGAAGCGCAAGUCCAACUGCUUGGGCACCGACGAGAAUAUCCCUCCUGGUUCUUGCGAGCAGGACUCCCAGGACAGCUUGGACGGCAUCCCCUCGGCCCCCCGCAUGACCGGCAGCCUGGUCUCAGACCGCAGCCACGACGACAUCAUCACCCGCAUGAAGAACAUCGAGUGCAUCGAGCUCGGGCGGCAUCGCCUGAAGCCGUGGUACUUCUCCCCCUACCCGCAGGAGCUCACCACCCUCCCCAUCCUCUACCUCUGCGAGUUUUGCCUUAAGUACGUCAAGAGCCUCAAAUGUCUCCAGAGGCACCUGACCAAGUGCGACUUGAGGCAUCCGCCCGGGAACGAAAUCUACCGCAAGGGGACCAUCUCUUUCUUUGAAAUCGAUGGGCGCAAGAACAAAAGUUACUCACAGAACCUCUGCCUCCUGGCCAAAUGCUUCCUAGACCACAAGACCCUCUACUAUGACACGGAUCCGUUCCUCUUCUACGUCAUGACCGAGUACGACAGCAAAGGCUUCCACAUCGUCGGCUACUUCUCAAAGGAGAAGGAAUCCACGGAGGACUACAAUGUCGCCUGCAUCCUGACCUUGCCUCCUUACCAGAGGCGGGGAUACGGAAAGUUGCUGAUAGAAUUCAGUUAUGAGCUUUCCAAGGUGGAAGGGAAGACGGGCACGCCGGAGAAACCCCUCUCGGAUUUGGGGCUCCUCUCCUACCGCAGCUACUGGUCCCAAACCAUCCUUGAGAUCCUCAUGAACCUUAAGUCGGAGACCGGGGAGCGCCCACAGAUCACGAUCAACGAGAUCAGCGAAAUCACAAGCAUUAAGAAGGAGGACGUCAUCUCCACCCUUCAGUACCUCAACCUUAUCAACUACUACAAGGGCCAGUACAUCUUGACACUCUCAGAGGACAUUGUGGAUGGACACGAGCGUGCAAUGCUCAAGCGAAUCCUGCGCAUCGACUCCAAAUGCCUGCAUUUCACUCCCAAAGACUGGAGCAAAAGAGGGAAAUGGUGAUGGCAAAACUGGGGAAAGAGGGGGGGGGGGGUUGUUUUGAAGCUCUUCCCCUCCAUAUUCUGGACAAGGAUCAGGGAAGAGGGCCUUUGUGGUCUUGGAAAGACUUGUUAUUUUCCUCUAUGAAGAAGGGACUGUUGCCUGGCCGGACCUCUCUCCCCGGACGCUGGGUUUGUAUAUAUAUCCGAAAUGGCCCUUUUGCAGGAACGCUGCAAUCGGUUGUGUACAGAAGCUGAAAAAGCACAGACCAGCUCCCCUUUGCCACCUUUUCCCCCAACUUUUGUUAAUAUUUAUAAUGUCUAAAAAAAGAAACACAGCAAAAAUCUAGAGCUUUGGGGCCUGGAACUUCCACGCAAUCAAGUAUUCAUAGAGAUCCCCAUUUUGAAUCACCUACUCGCAAAAAAAAAGGAGGAAAUUCUGCGACUUCGCCAAAGGAAGGAUCCUUAUGAAGCACAGCUUGGAGCUGGCCCUUGACACCCUCCGCCCCGGAUAUCUGGGAAUAGAAUAAAUUAACGACGUCUUUUUUCUAUA